UCCACAAAACCCAUUCUGAUAAUAUUCAAAUAUGUAUUAUAAAUUAGUGAGUGGUACAAACUUAUUAAGUUCCUCAAGAGGAUUUUUCAGAUAUACACAUCUUGAAUUCAAACCUAGAUAUAUGAGUCUUCAAAAGGGAUAAUUUAUUUUUUAAACCAUCAAAUUAAAUUCUGCUAUGAUAUUUCCAUCCUAAUUCUCUAUAGAACUGUAAUAUUGAGAUCCUAUGGGAAACUUAAGCAUGAUAUAAUGGUUAAAGAUAGUUAGUAAAUAUAGAUUUUAAUAAAUGUGCUUCUCUUCGUUAGAAAAUUGAUUUAUUUUUAUAGACAUGAUGAUGAAAGUUGAAUGGAAACGGAAAUUAAGGUUUGACUCACACCGUCUAACUUCAUCACGUAUCUAGAGUAGAGUCUAGUGUUCGCAAUCAAUAAUUUGAGAAAAUUGAAAUACAGGAAGUAUCCAUUGGAUUAACGAUCUGAUUCCCUGAAGUAGUCUUAUAUAUAUAUGACUGGUCAAAUAUUGAUAUCUGCCCACUUCCCUACUCUUCCUAAAAGUUUUGUUUCGAAUAAUUACAUAUUACAACAUAAACUUUCCCCUAUAGUUUAGAUUUUCGUUCCACCAAAGUGAAUAAUUGAUGCUUUUCAUGGUUUUCUUUGACAUUUAAUAACUUAUACAAAAAAAAAUAAUGAAAUGAAUAAGUUAGGAUAGAAAAGUGAUUCAUGAAAAUUGUAAUGUUUGUAACUGGUAGUCAAAAAAUAUUAUUACUACUGAUCAACCUGAAGGUAUUUUUGGUCAAAACUGAAUAAAAAAUUCUAAUGAUUUCAAAAACAUUGUCAGUAAUAUUCGGAUAGAAGAUGAUGAAAUAAUGGCAAGUUUUGAUGUUUGCUCAUUGUUCACUAAUGUUACUAUUAAAAAAGCUUUAGAUAUUGUAUAUAAUCUGUUAGAUUCUGACAUUGAACUUAAACAGCGUUGCCGUCUAGACCCAACAGACAUUAUUAGAGCGUUGGAGCUUUGCUUACAUUCAACGGUUUUCAUUUUUCGAGGAGUUUUGUACAGACAAACAGAAGGUGUGGCUAUGGGAUCACCUGUCUCUCCAAUUGUGGCUAAUUUAUUCAUGCAUUCAUUGGAAACAAUUGCUAUCUCAAUGUGUUCCAUUCCACCCAAAAUUUGGGUAAGAUACGUAGAUGAUACCUUUGUCAUCAUAAAACGAGAUGGCUUAGACGAACUAUUCCAACGGUUCAACAGCGUAGAUGACAAAAUCAAGUUUACUAAAGAGUUGGAAUCGACUGAACGCAGAUUACCGUUUCUAGACUGCCUGGUUGAAAGGAAGGAUAAUGAUUUUUUAAAAAUUAAUAUAUUCCGUAAGCCUACAUAUUCAGGAAAAUUUUUAGAUUUUAAGUCUGCGCACCCACACGCGACCAAAGUGACAGUGGCCAAAAAUUUGAUCACCAGAGUCAAAAAACUUGUCACUGAACCAGAUGAUAUAAAAAUGGAAAUGAAUUUAGUUGUAUCCACUCUAUUAAUGAAUAAUUAUCCGAAAGGUUUUAUUAAAAGAAUAAUUAAGAAUGAAGAACGGGAUGAUAUUUUUAAAAAAAGAGUUAAGCAAGAUUGGAUGAAUACAGUAGUGAUCCCAUAUCGUAAAGGUAUCUCAGAAGACAUCAGAAGGAUUUUAAUUCGUCAAAAUAUAAGAGUAUUUUUUCGAACAAACAAUACUCUAAGAUCAAAACUAGUAAGAAUCAAAGAUCCAAUACACAAGGAUGAUCAACAAAAUUGUGUUUAUGAAAUCAAAUGUAAUGAUUGUAAUGCAACGUAUGUAGGUGAAACAUCAAGACAACUGAAUGUGAGGGUGAAAGAACACAAACUGUGCUUAAAGCAUAUUCCUAAAUCCUCAAUUGAUGUAAAAAAGCUUGAGAACAGAUCAGCGAUAGCAUUACAUUCAAUUGAAUCGGGUCAUACAGUUGAUUUCAAUGGCACGAGAAUCAUUCAAAAAGGAUUUAAUUCUUACAAAGAACGCCUAACAGCUGAAGCCUUACAUAUAUGGGCUAAUUUAAACAAUAUUAAUAGGAGAGAUGGAAUACAAUUAGCUGCACCAUGGCAACUAAUAAUUAAUAAGUAAACCUGAUCUCCUUUUUGCAAUUUGAUAUAUCUAUGCCAUAAUAACUAACUGAUAGAUAAUACGUUCAAUGUUUCAAAUCCGUGAUCCUAUCUGAAUAUGUUAAACUAUUGACUGGAACAUUAAAAUAACACACACUUUCAAUUACACAUACAUUCCUCUUUUAUUUUGUUUACUUAUCUUCAUUUAAUGCAGGCUGUAGCAUUUUGAUUCAUUUCAUACAUAAAAAUGAUUUGUUUUCUUAAUAUACACAGACCGUAGUCAAUAUUAAGUUGAAUGAAAUUUUUUCUCAUAUCACUUGCGUAUAAACACAUUCUGUUAUCUUAACACGUUUUGGUUCCAAAAAACAAUUUAUCAUAACCUUGAAUUUACCUUAUAAUCCUUAAGUCAUUCUAUGGCCUAGGAUAACAUGACAAUUUCUUAUUUUUCUCUCCCCUUGAUUAUUUUCAAAUGAACUUUUAUUUUAUUUGUUUGACCUUUAUUAUUUUUCAUAUAAACAUGUCUCUUACACAUUAAUACAAAUACCUAUCUAUAAAGAAAUCCUUCACGUCGAUUGGAUGACUUAUUCAGUGUACAGUAAACCGAAGAACCAUGUACCUAUUUAUAUUCGAUAAUUUUGUUGUUUGAUUAUAUUUUCCUUGAAAAAGCUUGGACCAGAUUGCCAGGCGAAACGUUGGAUUUACUUAAAAAUUCAUUCGCUGAGAUUUUACA